AUGGUUAAUGUCACCGUGUGCCGCACGCCUACCAAUCCUCGCUACCUGACUCAUCGUCAUGUACGAAAGCUACUAGCCAAGGCGAAGUCCCCGGGAGAAGGGGAGAGCGACGACCAGUUGCAGGUUCUGGAGCCCAACGAAGAGCAGCUCUUCUCAUUCUACAUACCGUCCCUACCAGCGGGGAAGCAUACCAUUACCACGUCCCAAACGGUCACCGUUCCCAGCUACGCCACGGGCGAAAAGGAUGCCAACCUGCAGGCGACGAAAGAAUUCACGGUGGUUGCACCGCGCUACAAACUACCAAAUGGGAGCAUCCAUUCCGUCUAUCCCCCGCAGGGACAUGCAGACGAGGUGAGAAUGCUGCCGCAUGUUGUCUUCAAUGAUUCCCACCUCCCCUGGGAAAGAUUGGCGACGGAGAAGGAAGAGCCAGACAAGGACAAUAAUCGAAUCCCGUGGCUGGCAUUGCUCGUUUUCGUACAGGAUGAACUUCGUGUGACCGAGGCCGGGUUUCUUCCCACGUCAGUGAGCCAAAGUACGACUUGGGCUGCCACAUUGACCCUCGAGGACCUGGCCAAGGUCUCCGCAGCCCACCCAAUCCUGGAUGCCAACAAAAAGCCGCGAGACGGUGACGAUCCACAUACUCAGGCUGACUUCAUCUUCCCUCAAACUGCCCUGAUUCGCGAGCUCUUCCGAGAUCACACCCUGAAGAGUGACGUGGUGCAGGACAAGUGCAGUGUCUCUGCCUUCAAAUUCCUAGCUCAUGUGCGGAAUAUCAACACUAUGGGCAUGGCUAAUAGUGGCAUCGACGACGAAUUUGGGACGUUUAGUAUUGUUGUUUCACCACGUACCGGACCCCUGGACAUCACGCAGCCCACCUCUGUGGUGGUCCAUUUGGUCAAUCUAGAAGGAGUGGACCAGCUUAGUUGGAAUUUGCAAGAGUCCCGUGUCAGUCUGUGUAGUCUAGAUAGCUGGUCGUACACAUGUUUGCCACCAGACUCGUUCAAUGUCUACGCGGCCCUCGAGAACAUCGGUCAUACGUGGGAUCUUCUCCGACCUGAUCCGACACUGAUAGAUGAGGCCAAGCAUGGCACUUGCCCUACUCGGUUGCUCGAACGUCUGCAGGACGGCCAUACAAUUGUGAAAUAUCGCACGCAGACCGGCGAGGAGACGGCAGCUCUCCUGCGAGGAGUAUGUGUGCCCAGCAUUGAGACACAUCUGGACCAGCCUGCGUCCAAUUUCGGGACUGAUCUGCAGGUCUUAGACAAGGAUCUGGGGUUAAUGGAUAUCACCUACAGUGUGGCAUGGCAGUUGGGUAGGACAAUGGCAUUAGCGGAUCAAAGCUUUACGACGGCGUUGGCACGAAUCAGGAUACAACUGACGCGCCAGACCCAGCAAGAGAUCCUCUUGGCCGCAUAUGAGGCUACCGGUCAGAUUUUGCGUCACAAUGACAUGGUCCAGAACAUCCCCAGCUUUGUGGAGACACUCUCCUCACUGCCAAAGGAUCGUCUAACACGAGGACCUGCCAGUCGAUGGCGUCAGGAGAGGCAGAAUGCGGGCGUCACCCCUGCUAUAGACAGGUCAUUUGAAGGCCCGCUAAUGCAGGCACACUUUCUGGAGUAUGGAAUGCCACUGGCGACGCACAUGGCCGCAUCUACUGCACCCGGAGAGCACUAUACAGAGUUCAACGACCCCAUCAGCCCUGAUUGGCAGAUCGUGCUAGCCUGGGUGAUGGACCGGAUGCACCUCAGCGGCAUUCCCGCACAGCAUUUAAUUCCAGACCCCUCAUUCCUUCCCCGAGAGCGCUUGCGAUUCUUCCACAUUGAUCGUCGGUGGGUUGACAGCUUCGUGGACGGGGCGCUCAGCAUAGCCAACCACCUGCAACACGACGACAAGGUACGACAAUUAAUCAAGAACCAGCUGCAAGAGUACCUGGACAAGCCACUGCAUGCCCAGGCGUAUCCACCGCAGAUUCCGUCACACGGUUUCUUGCUGCGGUCAGAGCUCUGUACGAAGUACCCCGACUUGAUUGUCGAAGCCCCAGAUCCCACCAGUAAGAAAGCACCAAUUCUGCGACAGGAGAACAUCGAUGAUGGCGUUCUUCUGGUCCUGUUUGAUCGAGUUCCGGGCAGCGCCAGUUUGCCCAAGUUGAUUCUUCGUCAGCCCCCACAUCAGCAGGCCUUUGCGGUGGGCGCUGAUCUGACCCGCGAUUUGCUCGAAGUAGAGUUCAAGCGAGUAUACACAAUUCCCCCCCCAGACCCGUUUCCCUCGGGCGGCUUCCAGCACACAUACCACCGCGUCAAUCCCCCGAAGGACGAGCAGAAAGUCUUUGUGUGGGAUGGAGAAGCGCUGCCGAAUGUGCACAGUCUACGGCUGCCACAUUUUGUACAGGAGACCUACGAUACAAUCCGCAAGGGGAUGAAGACUGGCGAAUUCACGGAGACAUGUCCCACAGCAGCACUCCUGGGCAUUCAGCUAAAUGAUCCCAUGUACUUUCUUCAACUGGGCUUGCAGACGGGAAGUCCUGCUCCGUUGGACGACGGCCGGUUUCGCCAGUUCAAAACCGUGCAGGGCGGACCGUCGCGGCCCGGCCCGUCCCCGUUAGCCGCUAUUGCUCGCCAGCCAAGGAUGGGGCCGUUGUAUGACGACUGGCUACAGGCACUGCCAUCACCGCUCGAGCGGCUGCGGAUCGCCAAUGCAAAAUGCGGGGCGGCGAAGCAAGGAGCUGCCGGAUCCCCUUCUUCUAUGGAACGACUCCGUGGAGACGUUCGAGAAACGCAAGAGCAUCCUUCCCAAUCCAGCUAUUCAAGCUCAGAGCCAAAGCCUUCCUUGGACGACCCUGCACAGCCGCCUAAGUUCAUCUACAAGGUCUUUCCGCUAGGUAUGACAGCAGACCACAACAGCGGGGUUUCGAUGUACAAAUCAGGCGUGCAGCAAGACUUGAUCUUUUACAUCUAUCUCGCCAAUGAUCCCAGUGACUACAGCCUGCAGGAGAUCAGCAUUCGUGUCCCCCUAGGCCCCACUACCGCGCCUAUCAAAUGCCUGGCUGCGAACUAUCGUGGACCAGGGGCCGUAAUGCUCAGCAAUCUACGCUACAACGUCAUCGCUGUUUUUAUCACGGACCAGAAACAACAGUAUCUCCAGCUGCGGAUCAUGGUGCGAAGCGUAACCAAAGGCAAGGUCGAAAUACAGAAGGGGGACAACCUGAGCAUUGCAUUAUCGGGGGUCUCAGUAAACUUGUAUAGUAAGCCAUGUUGGGUAAUUGGGCUGGUGGAGGAAAAAUAUGAACAGACGACGAUAAAACCGGACAAUAUUGAGAUCCAAUUAGUGUUGGAGUAA